AUCUAGGGAGACUUGAGGCAAUGCAUGCAUAAGAGUCAAGUCAAUUGGAGAAUAAUUGAGUGGUCUCCACAAUGAAGUUUGGUCGUCCCUAGCUAUCUUUCUGCUUUGCUUUGGCUUGUGAUCGAUCAAGUUGAUAUGUUAGAAUUGUCAUUUUUUUCUUGGUGACACCAGAAAAGUAAUUAAUUUCUAAAUCCCAUGGCUUCGACCCCUGUUCUGUUCUUACUGUUGUUAACGCUCUUCACAACAGAAGCCACAGCUGAAAGAAGAACCUCUACCAAUAGCACAAUCCAUCUUAUCAAUAGAACCAUCCCUCUGUGGUCUUCGCUCUCUCCUGAAGGAAAACAAAAUUCAUGGGCAUCAAGUUCCGGCCGGUUUGCUUUUGGCUUUUACCCCAAAGGUAAUGGUUUUGCAGUUGGAAUAUGGCUGUUUAGUUCACCUAACAUCACUGUUGUCUGGACUGCUUUUCGCGAUACUCCACCCUUCUCCUCUAACUCCUCACUGAGUUUGACUGAUAGUGGCCUGGUUCUUCGAACUGGGGAGCAACAGCAGCUUCAAAUUGCAAGUCCAGAUCCGAAUAAUCCAUAUUACAGAGGGAAUCAAUUUCAACUUACAGUUGCAGUAGCUUCUGCUUCAAUGCUUGAUUCUGGCAACUUUGUGCUCUAUGAUAAGAACUUACAUGUUAUCUGGGAAAGCUUUGCUUACCUAACUGACACCAUGUUAGGAGGUCAGAACUUCAGUUCUGGUCUCCUGGUCUCUAGUCUGUCCAAAUCAGAUCGUUCAAGAGGACGUUUCUAUCUCAGAGUGCAAUCCGAUUUAAGUAUUGUUGCUAUUGUUGCUUACCCUUUUAACAGCCCAGGACAACUGAUAGAUUCUUACUGGGCCUAUAGGGAAGCCAAACAGCUCAUUCUUAAUGUUGAAGGUGUUCUUUGCUCACAUGACAACCUUGUUGGUUCGUGUUUGUACGAUAAGCCUACAAACAAGUCACGGAACACAACUUCAAUCUACCGCGCAACACUGGAUGUAGAUGGGAACUUGAGAUUGUAUGAGCACCGAUUUGAAGGCAAUAGUACAAGCUCACAUGAGGAAAGUACGCUGUGGCAAGCAUUGAAUGAUACAUGUGAAGUCAAGGGGGUUUGUGGGGCGAACAGUUAUUGCUCGAGCAUGAACGGUAAUGCUGUGUGUCACUGCUAUCCGGGUUUUGUCCCUUCCAAUAGCAGUGAUAACAUGCCUCUGGACUGCAAACAGACCUAUAUCAAAGAUGAUUGUGAAAGCAGUAAAAACCCAAUGGUGUUGUAUCGUGUUAUUCAAUGGGAGAAUAUCUCUUGGGGUGAUACAGAGUAUUCGAUUAUACCAAUGAAGAAGAAAGCUUGUGAGAAGUCUUGCCAGGAAGACUGUGCUUGCGGGGGAGCAAUGUAUUAUUCGAAUGGCAACUGCAAGAAAUAUAACCUUCCCCUUAUAUAUGGCAAAAGGUUUCAGGAUACGUCAAGAGUGGCACUUUUAAAGGUGCCUUCAGGAAAUGUCACUAGGCCAACUCCAACUUCAACUUCAAACAUCACCUACGUGCCUAAUGGCGUUGUUGAUAACAAGAGAAGUCUGAUAUUGACUCUAGCCCUUACUCUCGGAUGCAUUUCGUUGUUCAGUUUGGUCUUUACAGUCUCCAUUUUCUACACUUACAGGCGUCGAGUAUAUAGGCAUACAAUAUUGUCUGCAAAUGAAGAUCUGGGAUUUACUGAAGAGUGUUCUUUGCGUUCAUUUUCUUAUAAUGAACUUGUGAAAUCAACUGGUGGGUUCGCAGAGGAGAUAGGCAGAGGAUCAUUUGGAGCUGUUUAUAAAGGCAUGAUGGGUGGCAGUAGUAAUAGAAGGAUUGCGGUCAAAAGACUGGAGAGAGUUGCUGAUGAAGGGGAGAGGGAAUUCCGAGCUGAAAUUACUGCUAUAGCUCGAACACAUCAUAGGAAUUUGGUUAAGCUUGUUGGUUUUUGUAUAGAAGGAUCUAAGAAGCUGCUUGUUUACGAAUAUGUCAGCAACGGGUCUCUUGCAAAUCUGCUCUUCAAUGAUAAGAUGCAGGGGAUGUCAUGGAAAGAGAGGAUGAAAAUCGCAUUGGAUGUGGCUAGAGGAGUCCUGUAUCUACAUGAAGAAUGUGAAGUCCGCAUUAUCCAUUGCAAUAUAAGCCCUCAGAAUAUACUCAUGGAUGAAGCAUGGACUGCAAAGAUCUCUGAUUUUGGAUUGGCAAGGCUAUUAAAGCUGGACUAUUCAACAACCAAAAAAAGGGAUGAAGGGACAAGCAGGUACUUGGCACCUGAAUGGCACAAGGACGCAUCAGUAUCAAUAAAAGUUGACAUUUACAGUUUUGGCAUGGUACUAUUGGAGAUUAUCUGCCGCAGAAGCGGUAUAGAAAUGAAUGCUUCCUCAGCUGAGGAGAUACUUCUUUCCAGGUGGGUAUAUCAAUGCUUUGCAGCUGGGAAAUUGAAUUUGCUCCUUACACAUGAUGAAGAUGUAGAUUGGAAGAUAAUGGAAAGAAUGGUGAAGGUGGGGUUGUGGUGUGUGCAAGACAACCCAUCUCUUCGUCCUUCAGUGAAGAAUGUCAUAUUGAUGUUGGAAGGAUUGAAAGAUAUUCCAAUUCCACCUUCUCCGAUCCGCUUGGUUGAGUAGUCACCUUACUUUUCUCUAAUCAAUUCUGAAAUCAGAAGCCACCCACAUAAGUUUCUUCUUAAAAUUGAUUCUAGCUCCAUAAUCAAUUGUAUAAGAAUUUCCAAAUAAAUACUAGGACUUGGGACAUUGUGUUACUGGUAUGAUUUGUCUUUACAUAUAUAGUUAGUAAAUCUGUAAAUGUACUGCUGUGCUGUGGUUUCAUUUUUAUCUAUGAAUUGUUGUUCAGGUUGUUCU